CUCCAUCUCUCCAUCUCUCCUGGCCGAUCUGGCGGCCUGGCCGUGUGUCCCUCGUUCCUUUUUUCUCCCAUUAUAUUAUCUUCCGUGAUUCCUUCUUUCCUUCGAUUCUGUCCCUUCUAGCGUCUCUUUUCUUUGCUUCUUUCUUUCAGCCUAUUCCCGCUUGUCUGCCUCUUAUUGUCAGGCACCUCCGUGUGUGUGGGAUUCUUUUCCACUGCCACUUUGCUUACGAGUCCCCUACCUUACUUGGAGGGGUUUAUCAGUCGCUCGCUUAACUCACUUUGCUUGGAUUAUAUACUAUAUACCCUUUAAUUUUUACAGCUCGUUCGGACGUUCAGCUCUCCUUUCUUCCCACAUGGCUCGUCUUCUUUUCGCCGCCUGCAGCGCCCUGCUGCUGGCCACGCAAGCAGCCGCCGACACUUUCCCCUACAACACCUACCGCACCGCUCCGUACACCCCUCCCCAAAUCAAGGUCACCAAGUCCGGCCAAACAGAUCCGGGUUAUAUCUUUGUCGGCCCCCGUGGAAAUCAACCGCAAGGAACGGCUGCCCUGAUUUACGAUGAGGACGGCCACUUGAUCUACCAGGGGCCGGAGGAGGUAACGGCCAACUUCAAGGUCCAGAAACUCUUUAACGAGGACGUCAUCACCUUCUGGGCCGGAAACAUGAUGGAUCUGGGUUUUGGAUACGGCACGGUUCAUAUUCUUGACAACACGUACCGCGAAAUCUACACCGUCACCCUCCAGGACAACUUCGUCUCGCCCGAUGGCGCCCCCAGGGAUUCGUACAUCGAUCUACACGAGAGUCAUGUGACGGAUCGCAACACUCUUUUGGUCACGGCCUACAACGUCACCCAGCACGACUUGUCCUCCAUCGGCGGCAAGGUGGAUGACUACAUGCUCGACGGCAUGUUCUUCGAAAUCGAUAUCGCGACCAACGAGAUUGUGUAUCAGUGGAGCGCAUUGGACCACCUUCAGGACAUCCCCCUCGAGGCCUCCAAGCAGGGCUUGGGGGCAGAUCAGGGGACGCAGGACAAGCCCUGGGACGCUUACCACAUCAACUCCGUCGAGCUGAUGGAUGAAGGAUACAUCAUUUCGCUGCGUCACUACUGGUCCGGCUUUUAUGUUCACAACAAUGGGUCAGUGAUGUGGCAGCUCAGUGGUGAACGCAACGCCGGCGACUUUGAGAUUGAUGACGGUGCCAUCUUCUCCUGGCAGCACGACAUCCGUGUCUACCACCAGACGGAAGACAGCAUGCAAAUCAGCUUGUUCAACAACGCCAACACACCCACGGAUACUGUCGACGCAACCACCGGCUUGAAUCUGCACGUUGACCUGACCAACCGCAAGGUGUCCACACUGCGCACGCUGAAAGACUCGAGUGACGUGAUACACAGUGUCAGCCAGGGCAGCUACCAGCUUCUCAGUGAGGAGACGUCUCACGUUGUGCUCGGUUACGGUUCCAUCUCGAAAGUCAAGGAAUAUGACGCCCACAACAACGAGGUGAUGACGGCGCAGUUCGGUGACGACAAUGCGGUGGCGUCUUACCGCGGCUACAAGUGCCAGUGGAAGGCGACCCCCUUCUGGCAGCCCGCAGUGGCGAUCGUGCGGACGACGUCGGAUGCGGCUACUCUGUUUAUGAGCUGGAAUGGAGCUACGGAGUAUGACAACUGGGCCAUCUACACGGCCUCGUCGGCAGAUGCGGUUGACCCGACAUUUGUCACAUCGAUCAAGCGCAACGGGUUCGAGACCACGGCGCAUGUGACGGGACUGCGCACCAACUGGCUCCAAGUGGUUGCUCGGAAGGGUAACAUUCCUCUGGGGACAUCCGCCAUGGCGUAUUUCUAGACAGUGUUCUGACGCACAAAUGACGGUUGGGAGGUGUUGAGCGAGGGUCGGGGUGUACAUGCAGAUUUUCAUUGUAUAUAUUGAUGAUUCUAAGUUUUGUAAAUAGUAUACCCUUUACGGCAGCAUUCUGCUUGUUGCUAGCAUUGAUGAAUAGAGCUAUAUGAAGUCCA